UGUUUUAUUACUCUAUAAAAUUCUGGUGUGAUCUGAAAGCUCCAAAUUACAACAUUAUCACACAACCACAUCAUUUUUCUUCUGCCCUCUUCCUUCCGCCUUGCCUCGCUAUUGUGGCCGCUUGUCCCCUUCCCCUUUUGCUUCCCGGCUGGUGACUUUGCUUUAUUCAGGGCAGUUCCACUUGAGCCAAAAUCCGUGAGCAUGGGUGCUGCUGCAGCCCUUGAAUAUCCUGUGUGAGAGCCAAAGGUGUUGGCAUUAUAGGACCAACUCUUUCCAGGCAAAAAUGCGUUGCUUUCAUCCUUCAGUGGCUCAUUCUGGAGAGACCCUAAAGAUGAGGUAAAAUGUGUGGAGAAGCUGAGCCCCCCAAACAGACAAGCAUAUUCCUUCGUGUCUAAGGCCUGGAGGACUCUGCAUUGCCAGAAUAAAGCCUUGUAGACACACGGCUCUAGAGUGUUGUAAGGGUGUGCAUUAUCUGACGUCCCUUUGUAUAUGCUCCUAUAGUUUCACACUGCCACAUAUGCCUCUGGCCUGGUGUCAAUAGUCUGCCCACCACCACUUGACAAUCCCUGCCAUGAGUGAUAGAGAACGGGCUUGCUGACUGCAGCACGCUGCGCCUCUGAGCUGAUAAUGUAACCAAAGCUACUUUUCCUGAAACGGUAGGCAGGCAGGACGCUUCUAAGCCCAGAAUAUUUCAGGUCCGAAGUGUUGUAAUAGGCUACUAAAUGGGGCGAAAUAGGAAGAGCCCUGAAGCGGCCCCUGGUGCCGCCCCGUGGCUCCUUGCAUAUCCCAGUAGGCGUUUGAUCCCAAUGUUAUAAAAGGUCACUCUGGACAUAGCAUAGACCAAUGUUGGUGAGGGAAAGAGCGGAGCUGCAGCCCCUGUCCCUCCAGUCCCAGUACCACACGGGGAGAGCUCAGGUCUUGCGCUCACAAAUCCCUGACUCUAUCCCAGCGCUGUUGCUUUUCUGCAUCUAUCUGCAUUUCAUUCUCAGGCUGCGGGUGCAAAUAAAGUCACUGCUGAUAAACGUGUACUGCAGCUCUUAGUCACAAAUGGGCAGAGAAGGAGGCAUAGCUUGCUUUUUACUGGUGCUGCUGUCCCGGUCAUCUCUUGAUUUCCCGAGUGUUUUUCUCCAGCAGAGAGCGAGAUUUGAAGGGUUUGAGAGCAAACAGGCAGCUGAGAGCUUUAUUAUUUUUCCACAGUACAAUGUGAGGCAUUUUUGCUGAUGUAAGGGUUAACAAAAAUAGUGUGGGUGAAAUAGGACCCUAAAAAAUAAAUAUGUAAAUAUCUGAGUGCAUUAAAAAAACCCUGUUUGCCCAGGGUAUGCACUCCGAUUUUAUUCUGGGCUCUUUGCGGUUGAUGGGUAAAUGCUAAAGGCAACAAAAGAUGAUGUUUGUGCAGACCCGGCUAAUCAGAGAUAGGGUGUGUGGGAGAUUCCGUGGGGAAUCCAAAGAUGCACUUAGUCCCAGUGGCUGGUUUUAAUCAAUAAUAUUGUACAUUCAGCUUCUGACCUGACUGCAGGGAGCAUCUGAGAAAUUACAUCACCUCUUUUCACGGUCUGCUGGCCAGCUAUGACUGCUGAAGUUUGAACCUUGUUGCUUGUGUCAGAGUGUGACCCUCUGGAAUAAAUAGAGGUGUUUCUUCAACCAGUUCCUCAGUCCAGUUCUGGGGCUGAGCCUGCUGUGAGGAUGCGAGUGCCGGCUGGGGUGGGGACUGGAGCCCCCACGCUCCCAUGGCUGCUACUGCUGGUGAUGGUCAUGUUUCAUUCCACCUACGGAGCCAUCCUGGAGGUGAAUGGGAACUUGAACUGUAGGUGCGUAAAGACAACUUCGGACUACAUUAGUCCAAAGAGAUACGAAAGCCUUGAGAUCAGACCCGUGGGCAGCACCUGCAGACGGACAGAGAUCAUAAUUAAAUUAAAAACCUCAGGGAAGGUGUGCGUGAAUCCUGAUGCCCCAUGGGUCAAGAAACUACUGAAGCGUAUUGCUAGCACGAAGAAAAAAUAAGUUUUCUGCUAAGGAAGCUGACGCUCAGAGCUCUGAGACAGGCACAGACGAUGCACAGGCAUGUAGACCUGGCCGCUCUUCUCUUUGCCCUUGCUUCCCCCUGUUCCUGAAAGCCCCAUGUCUGGCCCCAUUCUGGCCCCACCAGUGGCCGCUGCAAGGAGGGCAGCUCGCUACUGACCCCAGCCCUAUGGCAUGUUUGUGAGGUGGUUCCCCCCUGCAUUCAGUCCCUGGGUCAGCGUGAUUAUGAACCUUUCAUUUAUUUACUUGCCUUUAGACUGGGGAGAACUUCUCUGUCGGGAGCUACUCCUGUUUCUGUGAGAAUAACUUUGUGACCCCUCCAUGUGAAGCCCUCACCGAAAGAGUGUGUGUCUGGGUUUGUCAUUACACAACAUGGCAUGGCUGGUUCUGAGAGCUCAGGUCAAAUAAAAUUCAGGUUUUUUC